AUGUUCCGCCUAAUGAUGUUGCUAGCUGGGCUCCGUGGCUUGCUAACGUCAAGACCCGGUUUUCAAAAUUCAUUUCUACAAAUUAUAUUUCCAGAGAAAAUCCAAGCAAAUACAAGUGAUAAUUCAAAAGUAGAAAAUGAACAGGUAUCCUAUAUUAUUCCAAUAGAUGAGAAACCGUAUACCGUGCACCUUAGGCAAAGAUUUUUUUUAGCAGAUAAUUUCAUGGUUUAUUUGUAUAAUCAAGGAUCUGUGAAUUCUCAUUCUUCAAAUAUUCAGACUCAAUGCUACUACCAAGGAUAUAUUGAAGGAUAUCUGAAUUCUGUUGUCACACUUAGCACGUGCUCUGGACUGAGAGGAAUAUUGCAGUUUGAAAAUCUUUCUUAUGGAAUUGAGCCUCUGGAAUCUGCAGUUGAAUUUCAGCAUCUUCUUUAUAAAUUAGGAAAUGAAAACAAUGAAUUUGCAGUUCUUACUGAGAAUAACCAAGACACAGAACAAAACCCAAUGGACUAUAAUAUUUUUAUAAGUGAAAAACCAGAAUCAGCUGUUUCAGAUUUAAUUCCUCUUUAUCUAGAAAUGCAUAUUGUGGUGGACAAAGUUUUGUAUGAUUACUUGGGCUCUGAUAGCAUGAUAGUGACAAAUAAGGUCAUCGAAAUUAUUGGCCUUGUAAAUUCGAUGUUUGCCCCAUUUAAAAUUACUAUUGUGCUGUCAUCUUUGGAAUUGUGGUCAGAUAAUAAUAAGAUCUCUACUGCUGGUGAGGCAGAUGAAUUAUUGCAUACAUUUUUAGAAUGGAAAAAGUCUUAUCUUACCCUAAGACCUCAUGAUAUUGCAUAUCUAUUCAUCUAUAGAGAUUAUCCAGAUUAUGUGGGAGCAGCAUUUCCUGGAAAGAUGUGUGUUACCAGUUAUUCUGCAGGAAUUGCUUUGUAUCCCAAGGGGAUAACUUUGGAGACAUUUUCAAUUAUUGUCACCCAGAUGCUGGGACUCAGUCUGGGCAUAUCAUAUGAUGACCCAAGGAAAUGUCGAUGUUCAGGAGCCAUCUGCAUAAUGAGUCCAAAAGCCAUGCAAUCCAGUGGUGUGAAGACUUUUAGCAGUUGCAGUUUGAGUGACUUUGAAAAUUUCAUUUCAAAUAUGGGUGCCCAGUGUCUUCAGAAUAAGCCACAAAUGCAGAGGGCUCCAGCAGCGAUCUGUGGGAACGGCAGAGUGGAGGGAAAUGAAAUCUGUGACUGUGGUACUGAGGAACAAUGUGGACCUGAUAGCUGUUGUAAUCCUCAAACUUGUGUGCUGAAACCAAAUACACAAUGUGAUAGAGGAUCAUGCUGCAACAACUGUCAAUUUAUGCAAGCAGGUGCUGUAUGUAGGCCCGUUGCGCAUCCUGAAUGUGAUGUUUCUGAGGUUUGUAAUGGAAGCUCAGGAAGCUGUCCGGCUGAUAUAACUAUACACAAUGGACACAAAUGUAAAGGAGGAAAAGCUUUUUGUUUUGAUGGAGGCUGCCAAGAUCUUGAUGCACGUUGUGAGAGCAUAUAUGGAAAAGGUUCAAAAAAUGCUCCAUUUGCCUGCUAUGAAGAAAUACAGUCUCAAACUGAUAGGUUUGGGAACUGUGGUAGAGAAAGAAGCAGAUAUAAAUUUUGUGCAUGGAGGAAUCUUAUAUGUGGCAGAUUAAUUUGCACCUACCCCUUUCAAACUCCUUUCCUUCGAGAUGGUGCUUCUGUGAUUUAUGCUUUUGUACGAAAUACUGUAUGUAUAACUAUGCACUACACAACGACGGGUAGAGAAGAUCCAAUGAUGGUCAAAAGUGGCUCUAUUUGUGAUACUGGGAGGAUUUGUGUAAAUCGUGAAUGUGUAGAAUCAAGGACACUUGCAGACAGAUCAUAUGAUUGUUCACUAAAGUGCAAUGGACAUGGAGUGUGCACUUCCGAGAUGACGUGCAACUGUUCUAGUGGCUACAGCCCUCCAGAUUGCCAAGCGCGCUCCAGAGUAUCUUCCAGAUUGCCUGGGGGACAGGGUUUAAUCAAGGACAGAGGUUUUGAGAAGGCUGGGAAGAAGCGGUGGCUUUUGGGUAUCUACAUUGCUUUACCUGUUCUCGUCGUAGCAACCAUAGUAGCUGUUUCAUGGAAGCCUUUGAAAAAGUGGUUCAGCAAGAAAGAGGAACCCCAAAGUAGCGACUCAGAAGGCAGCACUCACAGAAAUGCUAGCAGGUCCACAUCAGAAAGUAGUAGCCAAACAGAUACUGUCAGAUCGAGUUCAGAAAGUAGUGCCCAAACAAAUACCAGCACGUAAGCGACCUAAGAAAUGUUUCUUAUAAUAACUAAUAAUUCCUUCAGAAGGCAAUGGAUAUUACUGGGGAUCUCAUUGAGAAAUGAAAAUGCAGCGUUUUCUCCCCCUGUCACAGCU